UUCCUUUCAUUACAAGAUGGCAUCCGCAGCCCAUGUUGGGUUUAAUCUCGAUGCUAAUGUGGAGAAACUCAUGUCCAAUGGACACAAUCAUCUUCAUGUUCAGGAUAAGCAUAUCUUUCCUCCAGGUGAACGUCCCGACAUGUCCCAGGUCUGUCAUUCCUAUACAUUUCCAGUCAUAGAUCUCAAAGAUUUGGAUGGGCCUCAUAGAAUAAAGCUAGUCAAUCAGAUCAGGCGGGCUUGCGAAGAGGAUGGCUUCUUCCAGAUAAACAUUUAGAUCUGUUUUGUUCUUUUUUCUUUUAUCUGGAUAUCGCCUGAAUUCAACAUGGAUCAUUCUAUUCAGAUCAUUAACCAUGGAGUGCCAGAAACUUUGAUGAAAAACAUGAUGGACAUUGCCAAAGAGUUUUUUGAAAUGCCUGUGGAAGACAGGGUCUGUCUAUAUUCAGAGGACCCACGGCAGGAUGUCAGGGUUUCUACAAGCUUUAAUGUCACCAAAGAUGAAGUCUUUGAGUGGAAGGAUUAUCUAAGACACCCAUGUCAUCCUCUGGAGGAAUUUAUUAAUUCAUGGCCUCAAAAGCCUGCACUUUACAGAGAUGUUGCAGGCAAGUAUUGCAAGGAGAUAAGAGGACUGGUUCUAAGGCUUCUGGCUGCAAUUUCUGAAGCUCUUGGACAAGAUUCUGAUUAUUUGAACACAAUCUUUGGAAAGCAUAGCCAGACAAUGCACGUAAAUUACUAUCCUGCAUGCCCAAAUCCAGAUCUUACCUUGGGUGUAGCACCUCAUUCAGAUACACGUGGCAUUACUGUUCUGACGCAAGGAGAUGUGAGUGGCCUGCAAGUGCUGAAAGAUGGGAAAUGGGUUGCAGUAGAACCAAUACCCAAUGCCUUUGUGGUGAAUGUGGCUGAUCAAAUUCAGGUUGUAAGCAAUGGAAGAUUCAAAAGCGUCAUGCACAGGGCUGUAACGAAUACAAGCACUGCACGUAUAUCUAUUCCCACCUUCUAUGGGCCUUCCUUGGAUACCUCCAUUGCUCCUGCAGCAUCCAUGGUGGAUAAGGAGCAUCCGGCUCUAUACAGAGAAUAUAAAUUUGAAGAAUACAUGAAAGCAUCCUGGAGCAAAGGUGUGAAGGUCAGGAGCAUUUUGGAUCGCUUCAAAAUCGAAAUCAGUCCAUGAUUGAAAAGUGUGGUGUAUAACUGCUGUUGUUAGAACAUACGUACGAUGGUAUGGACAGUAAUACUUUAGCUGGGAAAUAAGAUGGAAGAGAUUUAGCUUAUCCUGCUACUUCAAAAUUUGACCGGUGGUUAGAAUUGUUUGAUAGUUUAAGAAGACAAUUUCAAAUCUUUUGAUUAGUUUUCUGAUCUAAAUUUCAUAUCUUUAGAAAAAAUAUCAUGUUAUGAGAGAAUAAUAUUGAGAAUUAAAAUUGUAUUGGAAAAUAUAAAGGUUAUAUACCUUUAAUUUGGUGUCCUAUUUUGUCAGUUUAAGUUAUCUGUCAAUCUUCAUCACUUUUGUUAUCAGUCUCUUUAGCAGAUUAUAGUGCAGAUAAUUGUAACAUUUGAUGAAUACAAAUAUAGAGUUAUUCAGCUGUUU